AUGACAAUUGGCAUCCCAUUUGAAGUAGAAAAGCUCUUAUCCAACGCAGGCAGAGAAAUCCUUAUAAAAGCUGUGGCACAAGCUACCCCCACAUACACGAUGAGCGUGUUCAAGCUCUCGGACUUCUUGUGCAAGGAGUUGAACUCAAUGAUGGGUAAUUUCUGGUGGGGUCUAAAAGGAAGGGAAAGGAGAAUGGCGUGGGUUUCUUGGGAGAAAUUAUGCAAGCCAAAGUCCGAGGGAGGUAUGGGGUUUAGGGAUCUCAAAGCUUUCAACUUAGCUCUCUUAGCAAAGCAAGGAUGGAGAUUGUUGGAGAACCCAAACUCUCUGGCUCAUAGAGUAUACAAAGCUAAGUACUUUGCAAAUGAGUCAUUCUUAAAUGCUCAAGUGGGUAGGAGACCCUCCUACGCGUGGCGAAGUAUUAUGGCAGCUAAAGACAUAAUUAUGAAGGGUGCUAGAUGGUGUAUUGGCAAUGGUCUUAAUGUACGCAUCUAG